AUGCCUAGCAGUUUGUCUGACUAUUUGUUUUUCAUCCAGCUCUUAGGAAGAGACCAGUCUGCAGGAAUGCAGUCCAUAAAAUGUGUGGUUGUGGGAGACGGAGCUGUGGGGAAAACUUGUAUGCUCGUAGCGUACGCUACCAACACGUUCCCUGUGGAGUAUGUGCCCACCGUAUUCGACAACUAUGCCGUAACAGUCACAGUUCGUGGAGAAGCUUAUACACUGUGUCUCUACGACACUGCCGGACAGACGGAGUACGACAGACUCAGACCUCUUGCCUACACACAUUCUCAUGUAUUCAUCGUCUGCUUCUCGGUUGUGUCCCCCUCCACACUGGAAAACGUCAGACAGAAGGUAUAUAUACUAUUUUUGUUUCGUUGCUUUCUGCCUACGGAUUUACGAAACGAUAUUCAACAGCUGAAACAGCUGGCCAAACUAAAACAGAAACCGUUGUCAUUGGAAGACGGCAGAAGAGCAGCCAGGGAAAUUAGGGCGGUCAAGUAUCUAGAAUGCUCAGCGCUGACGAAGGUAAUCACACUACUGCUAAACGACCCUCAUAACCACGUAUUGUUCUCCUUUUUAGAAGUAUUUAUCGAUACAGUUCGCGCCCCCCCCCCCCCCCCCCCCAAUCCCCCUCACCCCUCCCGCCCCGAUUUAUAA